AUGUCCCACGAGUGCGCCCCCUCGCUCAACGCCGCCUUUGGGUGGCAAGACCCUCCAUACCCUCGCCAGGAAGGCGACGUUUUCUACCCCACGGUCGGCACAAUUACUCCGCCGCAGUUGACCGGGGAAUAUGCCCCCCAAAAUCAAGGCGCGCCCGUUUCAUCCGUGGAGCAGCAUUCCUUCAUGAUGGAGGAAUGCCGUACUAUUCUGGGGAGGGUCCUCGCCACCAACGCCGCUCUGGUGAAGGUCGUGGAGGCUCUGGAACGACGCGUGGAAGAUCUUCAAAACAUCGCCGAAGCUCGCUCCGCCCGCCUUCAAGAGCGAAACUUGGACCUCGUGUCCUCUCUGAUGCUCAUUGCGGACAAUCUGUCUCAGCGGGCGGACGAGCUCGAAGACGGCCACCCCGCUCCGCACUCAGAUCGGGGACGUGUCGACGGAAGGAUGCCAGGGUCAGAGCGGGGUGUUCCGUGGCCUUCGUCGAGUAACUUUUUGGAGAGGUUGGCGGGACCAGUGUAUCCCUGGGAGAGGUGGGACUGA